AUGGCGAAAGAUUCGCAGCUCUGUGGCCUCGUGGAUUCCCUGGGGGAUGGGAACCACACUGCAAUGACAGGGUUCAUUUCAUCGGGCCUAACUGAACCUGUCUUCUGAGCCAUCCUCUUCAUAACCAUCCUUUGCAUCUACCUGGCGACCAUAUCUGGCAACCUCAGUACAAUCAUUCUUAUCAGACUCGCCUCUCAGCCCCACCACCUUAGGUAGUUUUUUCUGAGCUGCCUGCCCUUGGCUGAUAUAGGCUCUUCAUCUUCUGUCACACCUCAUAUGCUUGUAAACUUCCUGAUGGAGAGACAUACAAUCUCCUGUCUUGGACGUGCUGUCCAGGUGAGCUCAGCUGUUUUCUUUGGGUCAAGUGAGUGCCUCCUUCUGGCUGCCAUGACAUCUGAUCGCUUCAUGGCCAUCUGUGACCCGCUGCUUUAUUCAACCAAAAUGUCCACACAGGUGUGUGUUCGCUGACUCACGGUGGCUUGUGUAGGUAGUUUUCUCAAUGCUUCUCUUCUACUAUUUGCUUCUCUUUUUUUACUCUUCUGCGGAACAAAUCAAGUCCAUCACUUUCUCUGUGAUUUUGCUCCUUUAGUUAAACUCUCCCACUCUGGUAUCAGCACCUCCGCAAGUGUCCCCUCGUAGACGGCUGGCUCCAUUGUUGUGGUCACGGUUGUCAGAGCUGCCUCCUACAUCCGUAUCCUCAUCACCAUCCUGAAGAUGUGCUCCACCAAGGGACGCCACAAGGCCUUUUCCACUUGUACAUCCCACCUCACAGCGGUCACUCUGUGCUAUAGGACGAACACGCUCAUUUAUGUGAUGCCCAAGUCCGGCUACUCAACGGACCAGAACAAGGUGGUGUCUGUGUUCUACAUGGUGGUGAUCCCCAUAUUGAACCCCCUCAUCUACAGCCUCAGGAAGAGUGAGAUGAAGGUGGCUCUGAAGAGAGAGAGCUUGGCAAAGCUUAUUUUAUGA